UACGGGCAUUGGAUGUGCUCACUCUUUCCGGGUUUGCCUCCUUUCCUACAUUUUUACCUCAUUCUUUUUUCUUUCACCCUUUCCAUUGGAUUGAUGUUGGUUUCUCUACGCAAUUCCGCAUAGAGCUCUGCGUCUUACCCGAGGUCAAAUAGCUUGAGCUUCCAGGUGAUAGAUAGAGCUCAGGUUAGUAGACCUCUCCUCCCUCGCCCCAGCAAUCAGCCACCCACACUCACUCCCCAACCCAUCCACAAAGGUAGGUAGCUCACGCUCAAUAUGCUACUGAGUGCAGCUGGAGCCUGACAGCUCAUCCAUUCUCAAUCAUUUCAUUUCCCACUCUUGCUGUUUUUUCUUCUCACUCUCCUAUCUUGUCUGUAUGUGUAAUAACACUCGAGAGUAGCGUCACUCAUCAUGUUGUUUGUAUGAAUGGAUAAAUAGGGGCUGGCUUGGCUCACCUCCAUGUCUGCAGCUGACAGUGCGACAGGUACAUGAUUCCCUAUGUCGACAGUGAUAGACAUCAAAUUGGCAUGGUAUUGUUGGUACUGUACUGUGUUUCAACGACGACUCAACUGGGCCAUCACUUUAUCUGCAAGUCCCAGUACUCAAGGCAGCCACCUCACCAAUAACUGAACGACUACUGUCUGACCUUUGCUCUCCGCACUUUGCUACCAUAUACCGUAAUAAACCAUAUGCUGUCAGGGGGUCUGCUCCAUCAGCGGGAAUGACAAAGGGUGGUUCACGCUCACUCAGCACUUUGGCAUUCAGCUCCUGCGUUCUCAGUCAUGUUGCCUCUCGCUCGCUAACCAUCUUUGUCAGUCUCAUCGCCAUUGUGCCCAGUCUGCCUUGCAAGGUAUGCCUUGACGAUUCAAUCAGUUGGGUUGAACUUGUGCAAACAUGCAUCACAGAGACAGAAUUCCAUGGUUGAUCAGUAUCAGGUUGUGUUAGACUUAUAUAUAUAUCUCUGGUCAUGCCAGUCCACCUGGCCAACACGGUGGGUUUCACUUUUCGAGAUUCGAACCAUGCAUAUUGACCAUCCAGCUGCCCACUCUGUUCGAUGGAAGUGGUUUUAUCCGCACAGCUCGUCCAACGGUGGAGAUGCUCGUAAGUCUGAAUGUUGGGUUUGCAACCUGUUUGACUUGAUUCUUGUUUCCAUAUCCACGAGUUCUUUCAUCAGUUGUUAAGCAACUCUCCAGGUUGUCCGUCUUAUCUUGUCGUUUUCUUUUACUCUUCGUCAUCCUCCUUCUUGGCGGUCUUCUUCUUGGGCUUGCUCUUCUUCUUGCCAGUGUUUCUGGCCAGGGGCUGCUCCAAGAUCUUGAGAACCUCCUCAUCCUCAAUCUUCUUGUCGGACUCAUACUUCUCGAGGUCCAGAGGGGGUGGGCCACCAAGCUUGGUGAUACCGUUCUUGGUAAUGGCUGCAUGUAGUGUCAGUAUCGACUCUCGAACUGGUCAACCACUCGAUGUGCGACUUACCAAGGGUUGUGAGAUAUCGAGCAACAGGUGAGUUGUCCUUGUCACCGACUAGCUCAUAUUGGCGGAAUACGUUGCCACGGACACACUCGACGACACCAGACUUGGCAUCACGCUCGUCCUCAAGCUGUCGCAAGCUGAAGGGGAAGAUGCCGAAUUUCUUCUGGACCUCGUUGAGGAUCUUUCGCGAGGUGGGUCGCUUGAGACCGUAAGUCUGGUUGGUGCGGCGGUGGAGGGUAGCACGCUGAUCAAGACCCUUCACCUUGCCCGAGCCCAGGCUGACACCGGUCUCGACACCCCAUACCUCACCAACCUCAGGAACACCCUCGCCCUUGGUGCCCUCGGCGGGGGCAAGGACAAUCUUCUUGCUACCCUCAAUCUCGUUGUGGUCGAACAACCAAGAGGUGGUGCUCUCGACGAGGUUGACUUCGUAGGCCUUGGUGACCUUUUCCAGGAGGCUGGUGAUCUUGGCCUGUGUAGGGGCCUUCUGGGAGGCCGCCUUGGCCUUCUCCUCCUCGCUGCCCUGAGUGAGGAGACCAGGGGGGAUCAUCAGUCGCAGGAGAAGCUCGUUUACAUAGUAGUUGGCGAGAACCAGGUCAGCGGUGCGACCGGUAAUCUUAUCGCCAGCCUUGUCCUCUGGGGUGGCAAUCACGGUGUCACAGACAAUGGAACCGAAGCCAUCGAUCUGGGCGCCUAGUUGGAUCUUGAUAGCCUCACCAUCCUUGAUCUCAGUGUUGGCCUCAGCCUCGUCAGAGGUGAGAGGAGUAUAGGGAGUGACGUAGGACGAAGGAGAGACGGUAGUGGGGUGAGAGAAACCUUUUAAGUGGUGUCAGCUUCAGCGAUGUCUCACAGACCAAGUUUUGCGUGUGCGACGAACCCUUGUUGAUCUUCUUUCCUCGGUAAACCUUGGCAACCUCUUCUUCGAUCAGCUUGUCACCCUGCUGGCAGAUGUCGACGAUCUUGGCGCCAGGGACGACGAGCUUAGACACCUCAGCAAGAACCUUCUCGGAGAUCUGAGCGGCGGUCUUGUACUUAGUGAGGGUAUCUGGGUUGGCCAGAGAGUAGUCUGUGUGGUUAUGUCAGCACAAUAGAGCUCAAUGCGACGAAAUUGGUGUGCCCGCGUGAGGCCAUCGCGGGGUGCUGAUGACGAGGGCAUUCGCAGUAAAUGUUGUUGUGUGGUGGCGGGGCAGUGAGGAGCAACGAGGGGUAGCAACGGUCAGUCGUGUGCCUCCGACGGGACAGUCGCCCAGUGCACGGCAUAGCUACAGAGGAGCUCUGAGAUCCUACAUACAUGGGAUGGAAGAGGAGGGGUUGGAUGGGACAGCUAAUUGGGGCUUUUUCCGGGAAAGAACUCACCGAUUUCCUUGGUCUCGGACGACAUGAUGGGCAAUACUUGUUGGCUCGUUAGGUUUAAAAAGGUGAAAGAAGAACUGCAAAUGCAAAUGCCGGGGAAGGGUGGAUGAAAGCUUGAGCAAGUCAAGUCAGGUCGGGUCAGUCGCACGCGCACACAAGAAUCAGAAUCCAAUCCAAUCCAAUCCAAUACGAAUAGCGCCCUGUGUGGAAUGGGGACUUGGAAGUGGGGUUUGAGCUGCGAGGGUUUAGACAACAGGGUUUGGUUUGUUCUACCCAAGGUAUGGGGGUAUUUGGUGGAAGAUACCUAGAGCCUGAAGAGGCAGUGUUUAUUUAUUAUUACCUACUAUCCUCCGGGUUCGGCAUCAGGCAUUUGCCUGUCUACCUACUUACCUACCUAGGUAUCUGCCUGGAUAUUGUCGUGGGUUGUAACUAGUCGUUGUAUACAUAUUUGGCCUCUUGUUGCCCCGGCUCAUGCCUUUCCUCGAAGCCUCGACUGCAGACUAAGUUAGGAUCAGCAAAUAAAUAGGUAUCCAUGCAGUGUGGGCGUAUUUGUGUGCGCAAGCAGCCGCCACAUGCUUGCAGACAAACACGAGCGUCCGUGAGCAAUUCUUGAUGAUGAUCCAAGCCGACGAUAUUCACUCGGUAAACGGUUUCUCUGAUAUCCAUAGAAGCUUGAACAUGUGCUCUGUAUUUCCCCACUUGUUCACUUUCUCACGUUAUAGCCACCUUUUUGGCGACACAAUUCAUUCAUUUAUUGCAACAAACCAAACAGUCUUGGUAAUGAGGGGCAAUGAACACAUCCAUGCCACAAAUAAUGACUUCAUCCAGCCCUGGGCUAUUUCUAUAUUGGGCACCUACCUAGGUAGGUACUAACCUUGGGCUGUCGGCCUCUGUUGGCUAAGUUUGGUUUCCGGCUCCAGGGGGCGGUUUAUUAAGAUCACUUGUGCAUCAUACAUUGAUAACUUGUAUUCAAUUAGAUAUACAUUUCAUGUGCAAGCUGUUUGACUUUGGCCGUUAUGAGUUGUACAUCACAAACCUGAAUAUCAACAUGACAACCUCAAGUUUAAAAGCUUGCAAGACCAUAAAUACAUGACAAAGUUCACAACUAGCCAAGAAAACAAGUAGAUUGGUAAUAAUAGCUCUGUA